AAAAAAGCAAGCUUGUGUUCGGGCUCUCCGGGGAGAGACCAGCGUAGAGUUUUCACUGGAAGGAGCAGAAAAAGGGAGGAGGAAAUUGUUUUUUUUUUUUUGUUUUUUUUUAAAGUCACAGCAAAUCGACAGCCUCAAUCAGACCACGGAAAUACCCUGGGGGAAAAAGGAAAACAGAGAACUCCAACAGAGGAAAACAAAGACUUAAGACUUGUGAGUACAUUACAGGAUUUGUCUUCUUAUAUGAGUGCGAAAGGGAAGCUGUUUUCAGUUACGGUUUUCCUCUCUCGCUCGGCUAAUUCUCCCGCUCACCUUUUUUCAUCCUGACCCUCCCUCCUCACCAUCUGCGCCUCUCAGCCCAAACCUCGCUGUUCGAAGGUCAGUCAGAAUGCCCACGAAUGGGACCGGCGACGCUCUGAAGCUCCAGUUCGGGCUCGUCAACCAGGAGAACCGCUACCUGACGGCGGAGGCGUUCGGCUUCAAAGUCAACGCCUCGGCAACCAGCAUGAAGAAGAAGCAGAUCUGGACUCUGGAGCAGGAGGAGCAGGACGGCCAGGCGGUUUACCUGCGCAGCCACCUGGGCCGCUACCUGGCCUCCGACAAGGACGGCAGGGUCACCUGCGGGGCGGAGGAGCCGGACCCCGACUGCCGCUUCCUGGUCGCGGCACAGUCGGACGGCCGCUGGGCCCUGCAGUCCGAGUCCCACCAGCGCUACUUCGGCGGCUCCGAGGACCGCCUGUCCUGCUUCGCCCAGGCCGUCGGGGAGACGGAGCUGUGGGCCGUCCACCUGGCCCUCCACCCGCAGGCCAGCCUGCUGAGCGUCAGCCGCAGGCGCUACGCCCACCUCUCCGCCCAGGAGGACGAGAUAUCCGUGGACAGCAACAUCCCCUGGGGCGUGGACUCCCUGCUCACGCUGGUCUACCUGGAGGGCAAGUACUGCCUGAAGACCCGCGACAGCCGCUUCCUCGGCCACGACGGCAAGCUGCUGGAGGAGGGCGGCCCCUCCGCCGCCUACACCCUGGAGUUCAAGUCCGGGAAGCUGGCCUUCAAGGACUGCGAGGGGAAGUACCUGGCGCCCACCGGCCCCACCGGCACGCUGCGGUCCGGCCGCUGCUCCAAGCCGGGCAAGGACGAGCUCUUCGACCUGGAGGAGAGCCACCCGCAGGUGGUGUUCCAGGCCGCUAACAACAGAUUUGUCUCCAUCCGGCAAGGGGUGAGCCUCGCAGCCAAUCAGGACGAUGAGACUGACAUGGAGACCUUCCAAAUGGAGAUUGACAAGGAGACCAGGAAGUGCAUGCUGAGGACCAAUGGGGGAACGUACUGGACACUGGUCUCCCAUGGGGGCAUCGAGUCUACAGCCACAGAAGUGGCAGCCAACACCAUGUUUGACAUCAAGUGGCUGGGUCACAGGGUGGGUCUUCGUGCGAGCAACGGAAAGUACAUCUGCACCAAGAAGAAUGGACAGCUGGCCGCCGUCAGCGAUGCAGUGGGUGAGGAUGAGCAGUUUGUGCUGAAGUUGAUAAACCGACCCAUUAUUAUACUGCGGGGGGAGGAUGGCUUUGUGUGCCACCACAAGAAUUCAAACACGCUGGAUGCCAACCGCUCCGUCUAUGAUAUCUUUGAUUUGCUUUUCAAUGACGGUGCCUACCACAUCAAAGGCGCCAGUGGAAAGUUCUGGUACAUCUCCAGCAGCGGGUUGGUGUGUUCGGACGGGGACACGCCGGAGGACUUCUUCCUGGAGUUCCUGGAGCACGGUCGAGUGGGCAUUAAGGGCAAGAACGGCAAGUACGUGCGAGGCGACAAGGGCGGAACGCUGAUGGGGGAUGGCGAAACAGUGGAUGCUGCCUCACUCUGGGAGUACUGACCUCUUACU